AACGCUUGAGGUCACACCGUGUGUCAGCGGGAAGCUCUGUAUUUAAGCACACAGACGCCAGGUCUCCUAUGCAGCUCCAGUCACGGCUCUCCCGCUGCCUCCCUGAAGCAUGCUGUUUUUAUUACUACACAUCUAUUUUGUGUGUGUGUUUGGGGCCAGAGGUUGAAGUUGGGUGUCCUGUGGCUCUUUCCACCUUCUUCCUGGGACGUGACUCAUUGAACGCAGAGCUCACUGUUAUUCUGCACUGGCUGGACCCCAAUCCCUAGGGAGUCUCUCGUUUCCCCAGAACCAUUGUGUUUUUAGGGAGGUGCGGCUUCUCCAAAGACAGACAAAAACAUCUCUGGAGGUUGCACUGCUAGAAAAGCAUCCCUGCUCCAAGUUCAUAAUCGCAGUAGGAAGUAAUGCAACAGCAUUUUUGUCAUCGUUUGUUAUGAAUUCAGGAGUGUGGAAAGAAGUUGGCUGUGCUGAGCUCUGGAACGAAUGGUGCAGAACAACGGACACUGUCCAUCUGUCCCCUACAGAUGCUUUCUGUGUGUUCUAUCAGCUGAAAUCAGACCCCUCGGUUUUCCUUUGUCAGUGUAGUUGCUACAUUGCUGAGGAUCAACAGUUCCAGUGGCUGGAGAAGGUGUUUGGCUCUCGACCUAGGAAGAACAUGCAGGUAACAGUUCUCACAUGCCGACACGUCACAGAGUAUAAAACCUCAGAGUCCACCUGCAGCCUUCCUUCUCCUUUCCUGAGAGCCCUAAAAACUCAGAAAUUCAAAGAUUCUGCCUGCUGCCCACUGCUGGAACAGCCGAACAUUGUGCAUGAUCUGCCUGCAGCAGUUCUGAGCUACUGCCAAGUGUGGAAAAUCCCCGCAGUUCUGUAUCUGUGCUACACUGAUGUGAUGAAGUUGGACCUUGUCACUGUGGAAGCUUUUAAGCCUGUACUUUCUUCCAGUGGCUUGAAGUGCUUGGUGAAGAACAUUCCUGAAAGCACAGAAAUACUGAAGAAAUUGAUGACAACAAAUGAGAUUCAGAGCAACAUUUACACGUGACCCCCACAGGCAGUGAGCCAUGACCACAACCUACCCAUUCCAGGGGGCAGCCACUACUGUUUUGUACUUUAUUCUGGGUUGGGGUGUUUUGAUAGUGAUAAACACAAUAAAAAUUUA